CUUGUUUGUCGUUGGCAACAAGGCCAAAAUUGAGUGCAAAAAGCCUGUCGCGCAAUUGCGCCGCAGCGCCGCUGCACCAGCCCUAGCCACAGCGCGUAGCUGUGCACACUCACUGCCAGCACUCAAAAGCCAAAAAAGCUAGACCGCUUACAACGAUGUCGCGCCAUGUGCUCGCUUUGGUCCAGGACGAGCAAACGCAGCUGCGCCCGUGCGACGACAGCAGAUACAAGAUGGGCGCCAGCGUCGCGCAAGUGCUCAAGCGGACGAAGCUGUCCGCCGCCGUCGUCGGCGCGGCCUGCGCGAAGUACCUCCUGUUGAUCGCGACGAACGCCUACCUCGUCGCGUUGCGCGCGCGCGGCACGCUGGCGGGCGGCGCCGGGGCGCGGACCUUAUCUAUUCUGGCCGCCGCCGGCCAGGGCCACUCGGACCGCGUCUACCGCACGGACGCGCCGUACUUCGCCGAGGCCAGCGAGGUCUGCGCUGCGAGAGCGGAGCUCGAACGCGUGUCGGGCGGCCGCGUGCUCGAGGCGUGCACCCUCUACUUGUACGCCGACGACUGCUGCGACGAGGCGGAGCGCCAGCGCAUCCUCGGCGCGUUCCAGCUGCUGGCGCGCUGCGCCUUCGCCCUCCUCAACCGCCUCGAGCGGCAGCUGCAGGUGCCGCUGAGCCGCCUCGACGUCGAGCGCCUCCUCGCGAUCAUGAAGCGCGAGAUCAUCGUCUCGCGCCGCGACAUCAUGCCGAAGGCGUUCGAGGCGGGCGGCCCGAAGAAGCCGCUCCUCGUCGUCUGCAUGGCGACGGCGGUCGACGCGCUCACGGGCCAGGGCCAGGCGUCGCUGCCCGUCCUCCUCGCGUGGAUCGCGAUGACGACGCCGGAGGAGAUCUGCAGCACCUCCCCACGGCGGUUCCUCGACUCGGACUUCCACAAGGCGCUCCUCGCCUGCCUCGCCUUCCACUUCGGCUUCGCGCUGCCCACGGACCGGCGCGCGCUCGACAUCGCACGCGCGCAGUACGGCGUCUCCAAGAAGCUGCACGCCGCGACGGAGCGCUACUGGGGCUUCGACGACGACGACGGCUGCUUCGAGGUCUACUACAGCAUGCUGAAGACGUCCAUCCCGAACGUCCCCGAGCCCAUCGCCACGCAGCUCCUCUCCGACGCGCACACGAAGGGCCCGCACCGGCUCCUCGACCUCGACUCACCCGCGACCGUCAAGCUCAUCGGCGAAGCCUACAACCAGGGGUCCCCGUGCGACGCCGUCGAGGUGGCCCACUUCCUGCAGGACCGGACCUCGUACCAGACCCCCAAGGUCAAAGUCUAAGUGAC